AUGCUGGAAGGGAUGCAUCAACUUGUUGGCCGGGGCCGAGAUCACACCAGUGGAGACACUGGCAGACCAAGGACACUGGAGAACGCAGGUCCGUGGACGCCGGGACUGGAGCAGUGCCGUCCAAGAACCACCGUGAAACUUCAGCCGCCUGCCAAAGGACGCGAUGACCACACAUACACAAGUUGUUGUCGUAGCUCGGAGAAGGCGCCGUCAGGGACGGAGGGUGGCUUGCAACGAGGCAAGGCCGAGCCCCGGCCUGCCCGGCCACCUCACCCAAAGGCCUCACCCACCCCAAACAGCAGCAUAGUUAGCCAAGUCAGACCAGACCAUUGUGCGGGUCUUUUCAAAGUUUUCGUGUUUGCCACCAAUAAAGCAGGAGGGGGUCAAAGCAGAAGAAGCGCGAUGCAGUGCUUCCGGUUCGCGAGCUGGGACAAGGAGCGGGACAAGGAGGAGCUGCAGGCACGGCGGUCGGGCUCAGAGUGCUGCUCGCUCACCGUCUCGUCCGAGAUCAGCGUCGAGUCCUUUGGCCGGUACCGGCAGCUGUCGCUGCCGCAGCGGCCCAACAAUGACCUCCGCAUCUUCACCUUCCAGGAGCUCAAGAGCGCCACCCGGAGCUUCAGCCGUGCACUCAUGAUCGGCGAGGGCGGUUUUGGCUGCGUCUACCGCGGCACCAUCCGGAGCACCCUCGAGCCGCGCCGAAGCCUCGAUGUCGCCAUCAAGCAGCUCGGACGCAAAGGCCUCCAGGGACAUAAGGAAUGGGUGACCGAGGUGAACUUUCUUGGGGUGGUGGGUCAUCCCAACCUGGUGAAGCUCAUCGGCUACUGCGCAGAGGACGACGAGAGGGGGAUUCAGUUGCUGCUCGUCUACGAAUUCAUGCCUCACGGAAGCCUAGCUGAUCACCUGUCAACAAGAUCACCAAAGCCCGCUUCAUGGGCAAUGAGGCUGAGAGUAGCACUCGACACUGCUCGUGGUCUCAAGUACCUGCACGAAGAUUCCGAAUUCAAGAUAAUAUUCCGUGAUCUGAAGCCUUCAAACAUCCUGCUCGACGAGAACUGGAACGCAAAACUGUCGGACUUCGGCUUGGCUAGACUGGGGCCGCAAGAGGGAAGCCAUGUUUCAACAGCGGUGGUGGGUACUAUAGGGUAUGCAGCUCCUGAGUAUAUCCAUACAGGACGCCUCAGCAGUAAGAAUGACAUAUGGAGCUAUGGAGUGGUUCUCUACGAGCUCCUCACAGGCCGGAGGCCUCUGGACCGGAACAGACCGAGGGGUGAACAGAACCUUGUGGAAUGGGUGAAGCCCUACUCCUCCGACACCAAGAAGUUUGAAACCAUAAUGGAUCCAAGGCUCGAAGGGAACUACAGCAUGAAGUCGGCAGUCAGGAUUGCCUCGCUGGCAAACAAGUGCCUGGUGCGCCAUGCAAGGUAUAGACCUAAGAUGAGCGAGGUGCUGGAGAUGGUGCAGAAGAUUGUCGAUAGCAGUGACCUUGGAACACCAGAGCAUCCCCUGAUAAGCCAUUCAAAAGAAUUGGCUAGUGAUGAGAAAAAAAGGAAAGGCCUUGAUCUGAAGAGGAGGAUCGCUGGUAUUAAAGCUGGAGAUGGUAGAUGGCUUACAUGGCACAAGUGGACACCCAAGCUUGUGAGAACACAAUGA